AUGGAUGAAGGAGCUAUGUUCCAAGACAUAGAGGUACUACACUGGAAUAAGGAGUUCAAGUACACCCAGGUUGUCGAACGCCAGAAGGUCGUCUGGAGUGUAAACGUGGGUCCUCAAUUCGGACAGUACCGUCAGCCAGUUUGUGAUGUCAUCGCUCUUGCUGAAGGUCCUACCUCAACCAGAGGGAAGGUGAACGUUCUCACGGUCGUUGUUAGGGAAUAUUUUUGUGUGCGUUCACCAGAGGUCCUUGACUGCCAGCUGGGACUAGGCUACAACAGCGUAGCGCCACCAGAAGGUAAACGACCUAGGCAUAUCAGUAAAUUCGCUUUCGUACUGAAGAGGUUCUGCCUACCUGUCAACGCGAAGGGGCAACGACCGACGUUGCGUAACCCAAUAGUACACGAGAGCAGGCCUAUCUCAAGUGGGGAUCCAUUGCCCGGCCCAAGCAAAUUGUCACGUGCUGAGGAAGAGGCUGUGCUGAGCGCAUUGCUGACACAGCGACCAACACUUCAGGUGGACAUGUUGUCAGCAUCUGCAGCAGUCAAAGAAGGGGAAAACUUCAUGAGUGUCGUUACGAAGAUAGACGUCACUGGCCACGAUCUUGCUAAUGGUGACAUUGUGAGUGAAACGUUGAUCAUGAAGAGUUUGCCUCAAUCUGCUGAACGCUGUGCGACUUUCCAUUGUGAUGCUGCCUCAAUAAACGAAGCUAAUUUCUAUAGCAAGGUGUUGACUCCCCUCACCGCUCUCACCAAACUGCCCUUCCCCGGAUGUCUGCUAGCCACAGAAGACCUCCUUCUGCUACGUCAUCUUGGCAAGGAUGGAUUCAUAAUGGCAGACCGCAGGAAGGGAUUGGAUCUAUCUCAUUGUCAACUCGUUCUACAGGAAUUGGGAAGAUUUCAUGCAGCCUCCCUCGCCCUAAAACACCAAAAACCAGAUGAGAUCGUUAAGAUAUCUGCUCUAGUCAAUGAGAUAUUCAUCAACAAAGAUAAUGUGAUAUUCAACCCCUGUGUGGACAGCUGUAUCGACAUGGCAUUGAAAGCCGCUGCUGAUUUGAACUCUCCUGUAGUACACCUUCUCAGAACAUUCUACGGUCGAGGCUUCCAUGUGAUCUCCCCUCACAUCGCUCCCUCAGAACCUCUGGCUGUCGUCUGCCACGGUGACCUCUGGAGUAACAACAUGCUCUUCCAUUACUCAAAGGAGAAUCCGGAAACUCCUGACAGAGUUUGCUUCCUGGACCAGCAAGGUUGGAGGUAUGCUUCUCCCUCUCUGGACAUCCUGUAUUUCCUAUUCACCAGCGGUCGCGUUGGGAUGGUCAGGCAACAUUUCGAUGAUCUCAUAUCCACCUACCACCAAUCCUUGAUGAAUGAGCUGGAAAAACUCGCCCCAUCGGCUCCGGAAGUGAGUCUGAAUGACAUCAAGGAAGAAAUCAGACGUCACGCUGUAUAUGGUCUGAUCAUGUCACUCAUGUCACUGCCAGUCGUCACCGCCGAGGACAUCGUCUUCAAACCAGAUGAAAUCACGGAAGAGGUGAUGCAAAGUCAAGAAUAUGCUGAUGAAAUCGCUCGAGGUUUUCUUAACCAGAGGUUCGUGAGAAAAGUUAAUGAAAUCUUUCAAAUAUUCUGCGAAGAAGGUUUUUUGUAA